AUGACAACAGCUGGCAAUAGCCGACCGCCUUCUGGCUAUUUAUCCGGUCAAGCACCAGUCUCUUUUUCUACAUAUUGUUUUAAUAAUGCUGUUGGGCUUAUACAUCGUUCUUUAGACGAAACUCGAUUGAGCAAUAAGCGAAUUAGUGAAUGUUAUCAGCAUUCAACACCUUUGACAACUGGCAAUAUUGCCCUAUUUGGACAAAAUACUCAUUCUUCAUCUCCACUUUAUAUAAAUCGUCGUAGACAAGCAAGUCUUGGAAAUAUGACAUCAUAUACAGCAUUGAAACGUAAAGCUCAACGAUCUGAUAUAUCAUCGAGUACAUCUCGAUUUCAAGUUAAUCUUGAACAUGUUCUUGGUUUUACAUCAAUUUCAAAUUCACUUGUUAGCCAAGAUCAUUCAACAGUAGCAUAUGCUGCUGGUUCAACUGUUGUUCUUUAUGAUAUAAAUACACAAAAGCAAGAUUUUAUUAUUAACACUGCUCGUAAAGCUAUUACAUCAUUAUCACUUUCUCCUGAUGGUCGAUAUUUAGCAACUGGAGAAUGUGGACAUGAUCCAAAAGUACGUGUUUGGGAUUUAACUGGUGAUAAAACUGUUUGUAUCGAAUUGGGUGAUCAUAAAUUUGCAAUUGAUUCAGUAUGUUUUUCACCUAAUGUUGAUCGUCUAGUCUCAAUUGGUUCUUUACAUGAUGGAAAUAUAUAUGUAUGGAAUUGGAGAGAUAAGAAAAAACUUGCUUCAAAUAAAUGUACAUGUUCUAUUCGUCGUAUUGCUUUUGCUGAAGAUGGAAGUUAUUUUGUUACAGUUGGUAAUCGUCAUGUUAAAUUUUGGUAUUUAAUAUCGACAGCAUCGCUUGAAGUUGUACCAUUACGUGGUCGUUAUGCAAUCUUAGCUGAACGUAAAGAUAAUUUCUUUACAGAUGUUGUUUGCGGACGUGGUGAUUGUGCUGGUAUGACUUAUGUGAUUACUGCCAAUGGUCUUAUUUGUCAAUUUGAUGAACAUCGACAAUUGCGUGGUGAACGAGAUCUUCAAGAAAAAACAAAUUGUUUAGCUAUUGGUGAUAUAUAUCUUGUUGUUGGAUGUGCUAAAGGUGCUAUAUAUAUAUUUUCACCCCAAACACUUGAAUAUAUUAUGUCUAUACCUUUACCACAUUAUUUGGGUGUUGAUAUUAGUUUUAUAACAUCGAUUGAUCAAAUGACAUAUCCUCAACAACAAAAUAUGUGUUUUCCAGAUACAAUUGCUGUUUGUUUAGAUGAAGAUAAAUCAAUGUUAACAUGUUUCUAUAAUGAUCAUAGUUUUUACAUAUGGGAUAUAAAAAAUGAAAAAUCAAUAAAGAAACGUGAUUCUCACAUGUAUCAUUCAGGAUGUGCAUGGGGAAUUGAAACUUAUUCUCGAACAAAUUCAUCACCCUCAAUUCUUCGACAUCUAACAUGUAUAACAUGUUCAUCUGAUAAUACUAUUCGUUUUUGGUCUUUAAAUCAUGGUGAAGCUGAUUCAUAUUUUGCUCCAUCACCAGUUGCAAAUAUAUUUAGUAGACAAUUAAUGAAAAUUGUCUAUUUAGAUGAAGAUUAUUCAAAACUUUGUGAUAUUCAGACAACUCAAGAACGACCUGAAUUUGUUCCAAAAAUUGGUGGUCGUUGUAUGAAAAUUAAUCCUGAUGGUUUAUCAUUAGCAAUUGGUGAUCGAAAUGGAAAUAUUCGUAUAUUGGAUAUGCAAACAUUUAAACAAAUUGCACUUGUUGAAGCACAUGAUAGUGAAGUGCUUAGUGUUGAUUAUGGUCAAUCAUCUGAAAUGGGUGUAACUUUUCUUGCGUCAAGCAGUCGAGAUCGUUUUGUUCAUGUAUUUGAUAUAACAAAAGAUUAUCAAUUAGUUGCAACAUUAGAUGAUCAUUCAGCUGCCAUAACAGCUGUUCGUUUUACAGUAUCAUCAAUAACAUCAAACUUACAAUUAAUUUCAUGUAGUGCUGAUAAAUCAUUAAUAUUCCGAUCACUUUCUAAAAAUGAAAAUGGAAAAUAUCAAUUUGUUCGUUCGAAUAAUAUAGUCGAAAAACAAACAUUUUAUGAUUUAGCAGUUGAUCACACACGUGAACUUGUUAAUACAGCCUGUCAAGACCGAAUGAUAAGAGUUUAUAAUACUCAAGAUGGUAAACGAGUUCGAACAAUGAAAGGUUCAAUGAAUGAUGAUACAGGUUAUCUUCUUAAAAUCGAUAUUGAUACAUCGGGAAGAUAUUUAGCAACAUCAUGUUCAAAUAAAUGUGUUUAUAUAUGGGAUAUCUUAACUACUGAAUGUGUUGCAUCACUUUGUGGUCAUAGUGAAAUAGUUACAGAUUUAAAAUUUAGUCAUGAUGGUCAUCAUUUAUAUACGAUUUCGGGUGAUAGUUGUAUGUUUGUUUGGAAUAUUGCGGAAUUAGCUAUUGUACCAGCGAUUUGUAGAUUACAAUCGGUACCAUUAGCGAAAUCGAAUGACCUUGAAAUUACUGAGGUAGAAGAAUCAAUCUCACAGGCACCUAGUAUUAUUGAAGAACAUCAACCACAAUCGAAACGUCAACGAAGUUUAUGGGCAACUGCUGAACCUCGUUUACUACAAUUUGAAUCAAAAUUUACUCGUCCACAAUUACCUGAUAUUAUUAAUGAAGAUUUAUCUGAUAAAAUGAUUCGUUCAGCGAGUUCACAAGAUGAUGAGUCAGUUUUUCUUGAUGAAGAUGAUGAUCCAACAACAGCAACAAUUACAGAUAGUACAAAUGGAAAAACAUAUUCAUUUUUCAAAGAAAAUUAUGAUCAUGAAAAUUUAACAGCAAAUACAACAAUUGAUGAUGAUGAAAUAUCAACACGUCAAGUUCAACGACGAAAAAGUGUUUCAUCUCGAUUUCGUUCAGUAUCGAAAGAAAUAACAAUAACUGAAUCAUUAUCAACAUCAGCAAAUACAACACAAGAAGAUAUGUCUAUAUCUAUUCGAACAACUAAAAAUGGUCGAUCUCAAAUAAUAAAUACGAUGGAUCCGAGAACAGCACCACCAAAAUCAUCCACCAUACGAAAAACUCGUGGUAAUCGAGCUCAAUCUGAAGAUCGUUUUCGUUCAUCAACUCUUUCUCUUAAUAAUGCUGCUGGAGAUACAACAUCAUCAUCAUCAUCGCAUUCCUAUUUACCAUCCUAUGCAGCACAUACAUCAAGUUCAAUGAGUAAACUUCGAGAAGGUGCAACAUCUUCUACACCACCACCAGUACCAACGUUUGUACCAUCCACAUCUGCUACUUCACUUACUAUGAAUUCUCAAACACGUCGUGUUCCGUCUACUGUUUCUAUGGAUACUCGUCCAUUAUCGUCAAGUAAAACUAUGACUAAAUCUCGGUCAACUCAAAAUCUUGUUUUACCAUCUACAAGUAUACCACAAUCAAAAACAGCAGCAACAUUACGUCGAGUAAAGAUUUCUCGUGUACCUCGUCGUCCACCAAAUCUACCAACUGCACCUAAUCCACCAUUAUCAUCAUCAUCAUCAGCAUCAUCAAAUACAUCAUCUCCAACAAAAACAAAUCAAACAAAAGAAAAUGAUGAAACAAAACAAUAUGUUCAUUCAACAUCAAAUUCAUCUUUACCAUUACGUGAAUUAGAUAAUACAACAAACGAUCUUAUGCCAAAAUGGGCACAAGAUUGUUUUUAUCGAACAGUUGUACUUGGUUUAAAACCAUUACUUCUACAAGAUAUUCCAUCAUCACCAAAUAAACCAACCAAACGUUCAUCAAGUACAUGUUCAGUUGAAAGUUCAGAUUCAUUAGAAACAACAAAUGAAUUACAAGCAUGUACAUUAAAUGAUAAUGAUAAUCAAAAAGAAAUUAAAAUACGUCGUAGUAUAUCAAUACCAGAUUAUAGACAAAUCAAACAAAUACAUAAAGUUUUACAACCAUCAUUAUCCCAAACAACAAUGAAUGAAACAAAAGAAGAUGAAUCAAUUAUCAAUGAUGAUCGUAUACCAGUUAUCAAUGAUCUUGCUGAUGAUCUUCAUAAACGUCUUAAUGAAUUAGAAAAUCUUUAUUCCACAGUUUCUCAAAGCUCAGAUACAAGAGAUAUUAUGUUAAAGCAAUAUAUUGAACAGAUAUUUACUGAUCUUCAUGUACGCAUUGCCAACAAUCAAAAUCAACAACAACAACAAGAAAAUGAAGAAUGUACAACAAAUACAACUGUUGUUGUUGUGACUGAAUAA